AUGGCCGGUGGCGAGGAAGCGGCUGGACAGGGCUUUCGAUGUGGGUGUGGGUGCCGGUGGACCACAGGGAGCCACUGGACGGGAGGGUCGAGGUGGGGAAAAGCCAACGAGUUACAGGUUUGCGGCCGAACUGUGGAGAGCAGUUCCAGACACACAGAGUUCCACGUGCCCCCCAAAGUUCCACAGCACCAUCGGUCCUCGGUCCUGGGGUGUGGAGAGGGCGUGGGAAGAGCCUCUUCCUGGCCAGCCUCACUCAUGUCUGAGAAGCCGAGGAAGAGAGACUCUUUGAAGGUCAUCUGGGGGGACACUGGCUCAAGGGUGCCGGAGAACUACUUUGAGUUAUUCGCUGCCGCGGUGGGUAAUGUGGACUGGCUGCGGCUCUGUCUGGAUCAGAACAUGGGGGACAUCUCGGAGGACAGCAAGGGCUUUACUGCCGUCCACUAUGCUGCCCAGCAGGGCAAGCUUGCAUGCCUGAAGGUCUUGGUGGAGGAGUAUAAGUUUUCUGUGAACCGGCCGACCAACAAGGGCCACACUCCACUGCAUCUCGCUAUCCACAAGGACAACAGAGCCAUGGUCCUCCCCUGCAUCCACUAUCUGAUCAAGAAGAAGGCGGCCGUCAAUGCCCAAGCACAGGACGGCUGCACCCCCUUGCACGUGGCAGCCCGGGAGGGCCUGAUGAGCUGCCUGAAGGUUCUGGUGGAGAACGGGGCCAAUGUCCAUGCCCAAGACAUCAAGGGCUGCAAACCUGUGGACCUUUGCAAGAUAUGGAACCACCGCGCCUGUGCCCGGUUCCUGAAGGACGCUAUGUGGAGACAGGAUAAGGAGGACCAGGCCUGUGAGAUGAGGUGCCUGAAGAGGCUCAAGGGCAGGCUGGUCCUCCUGGAGCAGCGUUACCUCGCACAGUGUCAGAAAGAGUGCAGAGCGCUGAAUGAAGCUCACUUCAAGAAGUGGCUCCACUCCAAGCAGCUGCUGGCCCACACCACACAGGAGCCAGUCACAGCACCCAUGGCCCCUACCCUCACAAAGACCCCAGAGAGCCUGGGCCUGCAGCCUUCCAAGAGAGACCUGCCUUUCCUGAGGUCCUGCCUGCGGCACAAGCCCACCUUGCAGCCCCGGGUAAACCAACCACCCAGGACCAGGCUGGCCAAGCUAUGGGACCACAGCACUACGCUGGCCCGAGCCCCUGCCACCCAGACUGGCUAUCCAAGGGGCAUCCGCCCGAGGGUGCAGCUAGACCCCACAGAGGAGCAUGACUUGAGUCACUUUGUGAAGGUGUACUCUGACGGGCAUGGAGGUGCCCGGCUGUACACAGUUACGGGCCAGGAGGUGUGGCCCGUGCCCCUGCUGCCCCUCGAGGUGGUGGCCCAUGCCCUGCACCCCUCACGGCAGCCAUGCAGGAUGAAGGUGCCCGAGGGCUUCAAGCCCAGGGUUCUGAGCGGUGUGCCCCAGAAGCGCCCAGACACCGGCACCUUCUGGACGGACACCUUAGCCAUGACCCUCCGGGAGACCUUUGACAACGCCUUCCUGACGGCUGUGUGCACCCACCGAGGCCUCCCGGGCCUGCCUGCCCCGAGAUCCUCUUCAUAA